GCACCGCAGUCAGUCCGUCCCUUGAACUGCUUCGAUAAGGUAUAAUAGGUAUGUAUGUAUAUCGAUGCAAUCUAUUUAUUUCCUUUCCUUUUCCUCACUGCCUACUUACCUAUUGUGGUGAGCACUGAGCAUUGGAUGUAACCAGGACAGGGAUGUUGUCAUGUUUAGUUGCUGAGUGGAGUCAACAAUCACUUUCUCCGAAGACUGGUACAUAGCCUAAGUCAAGACAAGUCAAGACCCUUGUAUCGGUGACAUUCUUGGGCGGCCGAUUCUGAUCUUUUUCUUAUAUGUAUGUAUAUCAACUUUGUUGGUUUCCGCUCUGCCUCGUUCCAUUAUCCCGUCUCUUAAUCACGGGAUUUCCUCACUUUCAAAGUCAUCUCUGAAGUGUGUCACUCGUUUGUUCGAGACAGCCUACAACAAACAAUCUCUUGUCAAGCCUAAUACCAUCACAACACUUUUUCGUCAUUAUCUCUAGAGGGAACCAUCAUGGUCUCGGCUUCUCCGGGACACGAAAGAGACCACGAUGGAAUGGCCUCACCUCGCCAAAAACGAGAGGCUUGGUGGAGAAUCCACCUCUUUCGUGGUAUGGUUAGUGACAUCCGUCGACGAAUACCAUACUAUGUUAGCGACUGGACAGAUGCGUGGGACUAUCGUGUAGUCCCUGCUACAGUGUAUAUGUAUUUUGCUAACAUCCUCCCUGCUCUGGCAUUUUCUCUCGACAUGUUCCAGAAAACAGGGUCAAACUAUGGCGUCAACGAAGUUCUACUCUCCUCUGUCCUUGGGGCGGUCAUCUUCUCUCUAUUUGCUGCACAGCCGCUUGUUAUUGUCGGAGUUACGGGCCCAAUCACCGUCUUCAAUUAGUAAGAUUACUGCUACUCACAAACGAAUUUGCAUCAUGGAGCUGACCUGGGCUUCUGAAGCACCGUAUACGAUAUCAUGAAGCCAACUGGCGUCAAUUAUAUUGGCUUCAUGUGCUGGAUCGGCAUUUGGUCACUUAUCCUUCACUGGAUUCUUGCCGUAACAAACUCCUGCAACUGGCUUCGAUGGGUCACACGCUUCCCCUGUGACAUAUUUGGGUUUUACGUCGCCUUUAUUUACCUCCAAAAGGGCAUUCAAGUCCUCGAACAUCUCGGUAGAGGACAAGAGUUCUAUCUCUCCAUCGUUGCCGCUCUUCUUGUCUUCAUGGUAGCAUACCUGUGCGGCCAACUUGGCGGAAGCAGCCUUUUCCGCCACCCCUUGCGUGUGUUUCUCAAGGACUAUGGCACCCCUUUGACAAUCAUCUUUUUCACUGGCUUUGUCCAUUUCGGCCGUAUGCAGGAAGUUGAUCUUGAGGUUCUACCCACUGGCAUCGCUUUUGAGCCUACCAGUGGCCGCGAUUGGCUUGUCCGCUUCUGGGAUUUGAGCUUGGGUGACAUCUUUCUUGCUCUGCCCUUUGCAAUCCUACUGACCAUUCUCUUCUGGUUCGAUCAUAAUGUUUCUUCACUCAUCGCCCAAGGCAGCGAGUUUCCACUCCGCAAACCCGCUGGUUUUCACUGGGAUAUAUUCCUCCUCGGUUUGACAACUGGUGUUGCAGGUAUCCUUGGCCUACCAUUCCCCAAUGGUCUCAUCCCCCAAGCACCCUUCCAUACUGAGUCGCUCUGUGUUACAAAAGCUGUCAAGGAGGAUGAUGAAGAUGGCAACCCAGUAGGUGGUGGUUAUUCCUUCGAGGCCACACACGUUGUAGAGCAACGAUUCUCCAACUUUGCUCAAGGCCUCCUUACCUUGGGUACUAUGACGGGACCCCUUUUAGUGGUCCUUCACUUGAUUCCCCAUGGUGUGCUCGCAGGUCUAUUCUUUGUUAUGGGUGUCCAGGCCCUUGAGGGGAAUGGUAUCACGAGCAAGCUUAUUUUCCUAGCUCGCGAUCGUGCCCUCACGCCUUCAAGCAGCCCUUUACUUCAAAUCCGACGGCGCUCAGCUAUCUGGUACUUUGUCCUCAUUGAGCUCCUUGGCUUCGGUGCAACAUUUGCUAUCACCCAGACUGUAGCCGCUGUCGGCUUCCCUGUCAUCAUCUUUGCACUGAUACCAAUCCGUGCUCUCCUACUUCCCUACCUAUUCUCACCCGAGGAACUCUCUCUUCUUGAUCAACCAACAGCUUCUGAGUUCAUCAUGGAAGGAAUUGGGGGUUCAUGGGGCGGCAAGGACGACGACAAGUCUGCCUUGCAGCAGGGAGAUGCCCUCCGACGUCCAGAACAUCGCGAUAGUGUGCUUGCGCAUCCUGGAGCUCCUAGAAGGAGUCAGGAGGAUCUUGCAGAGCUGGGUCAAAUACAAUCUGGGCAGAGCACAGCGACACGAAGGAGGAGUUUGGAGAGACGACCACAAAGAAAGUCAAACCCAUAGAAUAGACUAUGGUUUAUAUUUUGGAUAAAAGGAUACAAGCCGGAGACGUAUGCUCUGCCCCUUUGCCACCAUGGUAUAGAGCAUGAGCUUCAGGCGCCAUUAAUUAUGCUACUUAAUAUCUACUCAUCAUCAUCAUCAUCACUAUCUACAACAAACCCACCCCGUACACGCGGUCUUCGAGUUAUGACAGGGGUUUCAUCCUCAUCCUCAUCUCCAUUCUUAUUCACGCCGCCCAUUUCUUGAUCCUCGUCAGGCUGAGUCUUUUCAACACUGACUCGUCUCCUCUUGCGACUCUCUCCAUCACUGCCAUGUCGCAAUGCUCCUUCUGGUUGCCCCUCGUUCUCUUCCUCAAGAGUUGUAUUCAUUGCCCUUAGAAUGAAAUCGUCGCCAGAAUCAGAAUCGGGACCAGAUUCUGAAUCUCCACCUCCUCCCUGUUCCUCAUCACUACUUGAUGCAGAUUCUGUAGCUGCAAUUCCACGCUUUCUAGUCGGCUUUUUAGAUGCAGGAAGGCGUUCCGCAACGUGGCGAAUGGCCGCUGCCUUUGCUUUUGCCUCGCGUUCUCGAGCGAAGAAGACUUCGUCGUAUUCGGAAUCCGUUUCAUCGUCCUCGGGCCUUACAUACUCUUCUGAUCUUAAGCUCUCCAACCUUUCUUGCUCUUUUCUUCGCCUUUCUUUACGCUUGCUUUGUCUUUCUUCCUCGGUAAGUUCUUUUCGAGGCCUACGUUUCCUGGGUGACUUCUUGCGGCCAUCUUCUUCGUCAAUGGGUUUGCGCACCGUGGGACCGAGGGGUCCGAACAUGGGGUUGUCAAGCUCGCCCUCCUCAUCGUCAUCGAAAUCGGCCUUCUCGCGUGGAACACUUUUGCGUUUCAACUGGUGUUCUGCCAGAACACCCUCCUCAAAUGUAGGAGGGCUGAACUCAGCUUGGUUGAUGUAGUGAAUCGCAUCCCUGAGAACAUCGGCAGAGACAUCUGAAGGUAUAAUCCAUGCGGACUCGGGUGUUUCUUCUGACGCUGGGCCUAAUAGCUGAAGACCGACGAGUUUCAUAAGGAGUCGCAUAUGAGAGUUCUUGAAUAUGGCAUUACGACGGUCCUUAUCAUCUGGACGCACGACUGAGCAGAGCCUUAUUAGUGAAUGAGGAAAUACUCGAAUCUCAUAUUAAACUCACAAAAUAUAGGAGGCGCUUUUGGCCCCG